CGGAGCGGUGUUGAUUAUUGUUUUACUGCUGCGUUGGGACCAGUUUCAUGGACAUGCGUUGAUCAUUUGUCUUGUUGUGUUUGUGUUUUGUUAAUGUUACACGUCUUUGCUCUCUGACAGAACAAUGGUUCAAAUAGUCAUCAGAGGCAGUGUGGAUGGCAGCACCCCUCCAGAAUGGCUGCUGGUGGAGCUACAGGGAGAGAUGAUUUCCAGACACAACUCUGGACUGGCAGGAAAUGUCAUGGGAGACCUGCUCUACACCAAAGAGGGGGUGCCAGUGCUGAUUGUAGGACACCAUAUUCUGUAUGGGAAGCAGGUCAAACUGGAGAAACCCUUUGCUGUCCUCACCAAGCAUUCUGGCCAUUCGCAGGAUAGCCUGGGCAGCCGUGACAAAGCCAAUAACAGUGAUGAUGUCACACAGGUACCCAUGGAAACAAACCAGCAAGGACCCGCCUCCACCUCUUACUCUGUGUCUGCCCUCAUCAAACGAAAGCUGAUCUUUAAGACGCGUCCCAAACCCAUCAUCACUAAUGUGCCCAAGAAGGUGUAACAUUUUCUCGCUUGGUCAGACACGUCCUGUGUGAUGACAACACACCAAUUCAUCUGAGCUGUACUGGACUGUUCAUAUAUAUAUGCGUAUGCUUCAGUUAGUGGCAUCCCACUCUGAUAUGUUGCAGUGUGGUUUUACAUUUGUUGUACAAUUGAUCAAUACUGGUUUCAGUGAGAGACUUUAAGGCUCCUCAUAAGUUUGAAUGGAAGUUGUAUUGUUUUCCUGUUAUCCAUUGAAACAUUUAUAACCCUCUGAUGGUGUAAAUGUUUUAAAGGCUUUUGCAAACUGAUGGGAAUCACAUUCUGGAUGGGGUACUGAUACUGAUAAGGUUUCAGUAUAAAAGUAUAAAAGGGACACACAGGCAACGUGUCCACCAGAUGGCAACGUUAUCAUUCAUUGUGACUGGAUCGGACACCUCUGCUGCACAUCACGACAGGAGCUGGGUUCUUUUCAAACACUGUGGAUCCACUUUAAUGUAAUCACCCUUUGUCAUUGUUUCAGAUAGACUACAAGCAAAUUUCCCCAAGGUGAACUCUGAACUUAAAAUCUUUAAAUUUAGUCAAGAUAGGCCAUUUGAAAUUUUAAAGCACCACCACUGGAAAUGUCUGAUAGAUAAGAUCCAAGCUACAGCUUUCAAACUGACCUACAGUAUCUUACUCCAGUACUCAUUCUGUGAUUCUCUGAUAGUUCACCAAAUUUUUACCAUGUUUCAUUGAAGGGGCAUGCAGAUGUUUUACUGUUGCACUUACAGAAAUUGUGGGAUAAAACUGGGAAUUGAAGCAGUAGAUGAUGAGGAAUCCUGACUUUUAGGCCUCAGUUUGUAUCAAGCUACAAAAACACUUUCUAUAAUGAACCUCAACAGCAUUUUGUCUUCAAAGAGAAAGAGACAAAGACGUCCGAGCAAUAGUUAAGUAAGAAUGUAGGAAAUCGUGUCUGUAUAUAUAAAUGAAAAAUCUAUUUUUGUGGUAUUUUCUCAAAUGGCAUGGUUCAGCAAUUUAGCAUUACCAAAACAAUGAAUUUUCGCUAGAAGAUGAUUGUGAAAUGAAAUCACACUUCUUGAAUGUGUAGCCCAACCUGCUGCCCCUGCACGACUCCACGUUAACCGUCACAAAGUAAAGAUUUCAGUGAAUUGGUUUGCUCAACCACCAAGUGAGUCUCUCCUGCGUACAGAUGACGGGAAUCCGCUCACACCACACGCACACAUUUCCUUUGCCAUAAGAGUGGACGUUAAACAUGGUGAUGAAGGUGGUUCUGCAUCCUGACAACAGACUCAGUGUGGUGAUCACACUGCAGCGUGUUGAAGAGAUAGACAGGAAUACAAGUCAAGGUCCUGUGUGGGCUCCUCUGACUGAGCCACACUGAAAAGAUGUCACUUUUGGCACAAAAAUGGAUCAUUUGAAACAGAAUAUUUGCUACCUUCAGAUUAAAUCCAAAACGGUCAGGUUACACAACUGUCUUUAAGGCUGUUGCUAUGAUGAAGAAGAGCAGGGUUUAGAGCAGCACUGCAUACUAAUUAUAUUAAGGAUAAAACAUUGCAGAAGAACAUGUGAACACCUGAGAGAUUAGUCUGGAGAUAAACAUUCAAAAUGUUUGACUCAGUCUUCCAGCAUACAGCAUUUUGUCAUGUUGCCAGAAUGUUUACAGCCUGUAAGUACAGGUCUGUGUGUGUUUGUUUGAGGGCGGUUCCCAUGUUGAGGUGUAUCACCAGAAGAAAAAAAGCCGUCCAGAGCCCAGUUACUGAAGGGACCGAUUCAUUCAGCUGCUUCCGUCCCCUUUCCUCAGCAUUCAGACACCUCCCACACACACCUACACUCAGGCAAGGUGGCAACACGUUUUUAAACUCAUGCUAACGUCAAAGCUCAGUCGUUUUAGUCACUGGCUGACACCUCCGAAAUAAUUUCAUCUGUAUUCACUCUCCAUACUGCUUUUGAAUGUACACAGUGAAAUAAUGUAGCUUUUCUUCAAGUCCUGUACAGUAGUUCUCAUUCAGAUCAAAUAAGACCAUGUUCGUGGAUGAGGACAGUGAUACAGUCACGCUGUUGACAAAUAAUACUAAAAGUUUAAGCCCCAUCUAGAUCAAACAGCCCCUGGCACACUGGGAUAUGAAAGGGUUUGACAGCAGUAACAACACUUUUUUUUUAAGCAAUUUUCCUAAUCCUUUGCAAAAUAACACUUCCAGAGUGGCAGCAUUAGAGAAGCAGGUACCAUGACAUCAAGGUGUCUUUGAAAAAUCACUUACUGUGAUCCUUUAUUGCAUCUUCUCUGUUUUAAAAUAUCAACUUCUCCAUCUCAGCCUGGUGUUAAAAAAUAUAUGAUUUAUUUAUUUAUUUUUUUCAUUUCUGGUGUCUCCACUUUCAGGUGAAUGUAAGUGUCCACUUUGUCCUGAGGCACCAAAUUGCCCCAAAAUCAAUUGAAUGCAUUCUCAGGGGACCAUAGAUAUCUACCAAUAUUUAUGGAAAGUUGAUGAAAGUCCGGCCAAACUGUGGAUGAAGUGGAAACUUUGACUGAAUGGUGGUGCUUCAGGAGAAACCAUCCUCUGAGGACUAUCAUACCCAAACUCAUUAGUGCUGACAGCUUGUUCUCGAGCAGAGUGAAGGACAGACUGACCCUGAUGCUAGCAGUGUGGACGGUUGGGUUAACUGGCACGUGUGGUGGUCUAGUGGUUAGGACACCGUAUCACUGAACCCAGGUUGUUUCCAACCAGAGACCGUUGUGAAAUUACUCCCUCUCUCUCCCCCUGCAUUUUCUUUCUGUCUCUACUGUAACCACUGAAUGA